UCAAAGUACAAAGUAUACUCCAGUUACCAGAUACCAAAAUGGCGGACAGGGUGGAGGAGCGAGUGAAGCCUGCGGCAGAUAAUGAAGGGGUCGAGGACACGGCAAACUGUAAGAAAACGACCGACCCUCACCAGCCCACUGCCAGACCUGAAAUAAGUCACAAUGUGCCCCCUCCCUCUCUGCCGUCGGGAGAGAAGCGGAAGGCUCCCUCGAGCCCGGACGAAGGAAUGCAGAAGAAGGCGAAACCGUUCACAAUGAAUUUUGGGACGAAGGCAAAAGGAGGAACUGGUGAGAUAGAGAAGAAUAAUGGUGUAAAGUCAGGUGGGAGCACGAUGAAGUGUGAAACUGCAAAACCUGUCAAAUCAAUCUCGUUAAAACUGGCCCAGAAACCCAAGGAGGCUGAACUGAAGGCACCCACCAGCAGGGCUGUUGCCAAAGCCUUUGCAGAGGACAGUGAUGAAGAUGAAGAAGAGAUGCCGCCAGAGGCCAAGAUGAGAAUGAAGAACAUUGGCAGGGAAACUCCAACCUCAGCAGGCCCCAACUCCUACAACAAGUCCAAGUACGGCUUCAACGACCACGCGCGGGUCUGGAAGAAAAGUGUGGAUGCAAAACUUGAGAAACCAAACAAGGACAAGAAGUGAAUCAAAGCCAGAGCCAUCAAGAAACUAUUUAUAAAGUCACAGGCUUGUUAGCCAAAUCUUUGGAAGGCAUGCUCCAGUUUGACUCCACUUAAACUCUGCCUGGAACAGAAUUUUUCUGUGCAGAAUAAGAAAAUAGACACGUCGUCAAACACUUGUCUCCAUUAAAAUUAACAUCUGUAAAAAAAGGACAUUUUCCUUCUAGAUAGUACAUAUAAUACUCACAGCCUAUCGCAAUUGUUCCUGGUCGAACAAGAAACAGAAAAAAACUUUCAUCUUUAUCAAAGACCAGACUUGUAAACGAUUCAAAUUGGGCAGCUGACCUUAGUAAACAAAGGAUUAAACUGCUCUUUUAAUGGGGCUAAUUAUUUUGGAUUAAAAACCCUAACCCACUUAGGGCCUUUUGCUGAGGCACACCCUCAAUCUUCCAAAAUCCUCCAGUGGCCCAAGUCCAAAAAAUUUAUCCUCAACCCUCCGAAAUCUGCCGAUCUUUGCACUUAUUCUGAGAAAGAGAGGUACCCAGCUCCUCCGUCCUUCAAUAUCCUCCGGCAAUUCCUGCCAUUAUGUUGAGGCAUGGCGAAUGGCUUUCUCAAGCAGUGCUGUCGAUUUUGAAGGAAUGUCAAGCUGACUUUAUGCAUGGCUAAGCAUAAACCACGCAAGGUCCAACCCACGACCUUCACACAUGGCAUCCUUCCCAAUCAGCCAUACACUUUUGCCACUCGUUGUCAAUCUCCAAAAUCCUCCAAAACCACCCAAAGGAUUUUGGAGGAUUUGUUUGGACAGUUUUGUUUCCUUCUGCAUGUGUUUUCACAGUAGGUUUUUGUUUACAGAAAUGUUUGAAAGCAUAUAGAAGAUGUUAGACAGUGGAGUUUGCAGGUUGAAAAAAGCAAAGCAUUUUCAUUAGAUUAAACUUGAGGAAAUCGGUCAGCAUGUGAAUAAAUAGUUCAGGAAUUUUAACUUUUUCCCCCUUCGUGCUUGGGCUAAAUGCUGCAUGUUAUUUUUUGUUUAACCAAGAUCAGAAAGAAAACAUUGGAUGGAUAAGCGUCUUUUUGAAAACAAACGAAGUGAGGGCAACUUGUGCCAGGGUUUCUGUGCCACAGUGUAGCCUUCACUCAAGCCGUUGGUACACAUGCCUCUCACUCUACAAAUGAGCGCUGGGAUCUUCAAGGCGAAGGCUGAAACAUGCCUUCAUUUGCUUUCUGUGUAAUAGUUGCACGAAUAAUUUAAUUCUGUUGUUGAUUUUGUUCAAAAUUAGGAAUUUCCUUUUCUAUGCUGUAACAUUGAGAUGGAAAAUUGGAUUUGAAAGGGGAAUAAAAAGAAAUUGUAUUAUAUGUGUAAAUAAAUUUUAAA